GCAAAGAAAAGCAAAACAAAAAAUAGUGAAAAUCGAAAGCCUUAAGAGCGUCCGCAAGCUCAUAAAACUUCUUUUUUUAUGUCUCUGCCAUUUUCCGUGUAACUUGCAGCAGUUUUUGCGAUCGCUUUCUCAACAAAAGUGCUGCUUUCAUUAUAUUCCUUUUUAAUUCGCCAAAUUAUUCAUAAAUAGCCUUAUUUUUUAUUCGCUUAGACAGUCUAAAUUGUUCAUUUUGUUCACGUUUUUCCUCUCGCUUGAACUUUUCCCAAAUAUCUGUGGUAAAACGUUUCUUUUCUUUGAAUUUAACCCUGGUCCAGUUGGUGUAUCUUUGUAUUAUAUUUAAACUUAUACAAAAAAAUUGCUGUAGCAAAAAUUGUAAGUGAUAAUAAGAUUUAAUCUCGCUUCUCCCAUCAUUUUAUACGUAAAUAUUAUCAGCCGAGAGAAAUUUUAUAAUCUUUAUCUUGGCCGCUCGAAAUUAUCAUACUCAAAAUUGAAUUUGAUUUAGAGGAUCAGUCAACAAUUUCAGCAAGCAUCAGAAUGGACUCGUUAGACAACAGCUCUGUAGCAGACUCACUACCGUCUACUUCAGGGGAUGGGGAGGGGGAGUUGGACAGGAUGACAAUUGUGGACACUGAACCCAUCAUCAAGCGGAGGCGGAAGCGGGAGGCACUUCGGGAGAAGACUUCGGUGCAUGUGAAGAACCACCACUUUCUGCCUCAUUUCUGUCACCAGCCCACCUUCUGUGCUCAUUGCAGAGAUUUCAUAUGGGGCGUAGUCGGCAAUCAGGGAAUGAAAUGUUCGAUUUGUGGCUUUGUGGUGCACAGAAGAUGUCACGCCCUUGUUAGUUUCCCCUGCCCUGGUCUGGACAAAAUCCAAGGCGAUAAUUCGGAACAAGGAGGCCGUCUGCAGCACGAGUUCGCCACCCAUAGCUACCAGAAGUUCACUUUCUGCGAUCACUGCGGGUCCAUGCUAUACGGGCUCAUCAAUCAAGGAAAACAGUGCAAAAAGUGCCUGAUCAAUGUGCACAAGAAAUGCACCAAGUACGUGCCCAGUUUGUGUGGCCAGGACAUCUUCGAGAGGAGGGGCAGAAUCCAAAUAUCCAUCUCACUCCUCCCCCACACCCCCCAAAGUGAGAACUGCAAUGGGAGGCCAGCAGAAGCCACCAGAAGAUUCCUUAUCAAAGUGAAACAGGCGCGCAAUUUGAUUCCGAUGGAUGUCAACGGAUUAGCUGACCCUUAUUUCAAGAUGCGUUUGUUCCCCGAAGACCCCGCACUCAGUAGUCACGGAAGCAGCUUCAAGUUCAAGAGCAAGAUCAUCAAGGCCAACUUGAAUCCAGAAUGGGACGAACAGGUCGAAAUCCCCCUGCGUGACUCAGACAGACACAGAAGGUUACUCAUCGAGGUGUGGGACUGGGACAGAGCCACUCGGAACGACUUCAUGGGUGCACUCUCGUUUGGAAUAUCCGAAUUGUUCCGGGAGGUAACGGAGGCUGCAGGGAUCGAUCGCUGGUUCAAGCUGCUCUCAGAGUCAGAGGCUGAGUUCUACAAUGUGCCAGUGGUGGACGAAAUCAAAGUUGAGGAGCAGAAGAUGCUCAAAAAGCUGGAGUCUUUGGAUAGACAGGUGUCUUUAGACGUCGAUAGUCUCCAGGAAACAUCCAAGGACGACUUCCACUACCUCAAAGUACUCGGAAAGGGAUCCUUUGGAAAGGUGUUACUGGCGAAGCACAAGAGUAGCGGGGAUGUGUUUGCGAUCAAGUGUCUGUCGAAGGAGGCUCUGAUCAAAGACAAUGACGAGGAGUGUGCCCUGUUGGAGAUGCGGGUCCUGGCUCUCAAACACAAACCCCUCUUCCUCACACAACUACACUCCACAUUCCAGACAUUCGACAAAUUGUUCUUUGUGAUGGAAUUUGUGGACGGAGGAGACUUGAUGCAUCAUCUUACCCGAAAGGGCAAAUUCAAACACGAAGAGACAGUGUUCUACAUAGCAGAAGUCACAGCUGCCAUUCUUUACCUGCACGAAAAGAGAAUCAUUUACAGAGACUUGAAGCCAGAUAAUGUGAUGCUAGAUGUGGAAGGUCACGUGAAGAUUACAGACUUCGGUAUGUGUAAGGACAACAUGUCCUCCGAUGACGUCACCAGGACAUUCUGCGGGACACCAGACUACAUGGCUCCAGAGAUAGUGAGACGCGACAGCUACGGACGCCUGGUGGACUGGUGGGCGAUGGGGGUGAUGGCGUAUGAGAUGUUGGUGGGGGUGACUCCCUUCGAGGGGGAGGACGAGGAGGAGUUGAGCUACUCCAUCCAGCACCAGCCCAUCUCCUUCCCCAAAAACAUCACCAACGAGGCCUCACAACUCAUCAAAGGGUUUUUGAUGAGGAGUCCAGGGCGACGGCUGGGCAGUGGGGAGAGUGGUCCGGCUGACAUCCAGAGCCAUGUCUUCUUCCGCCGCAUAGACUGGCAGAAGCUAAACCACCGCCAGAUCCAACCCCCUAUUUC